AUGGGCCCUAGACGGACUCUUAGAAAGGAGGAGAAAUUAAGGGAAGAAGAUACUGUACAUCCUUCGGUCGAACCGGAAGAAGUCGUAAUUGACUUUCGGGACGAUCAACAAUCACGUGACCUCGAGGAGAAUGACGAUAUGUUGAGCAAAAUAGAGGAUGACGAAUCGGACGCGGAGUUAGUAGUAGAGGAAGUGGAAGUUAAGAAAGAACUCAUACCGGCUUUCAUUCCUCAUUCCAACAAAAUUUCAACAAAAGAGUAA